AUUAUAUUUCUCCACAUAUAUAUUUCCUAUCUGGUCUCUGCGGGCCAAUCUGCCUAAUUAACAAUUAACAUGGCCUCCGCCAUUGCCAAAACUGCCGCCCUUCCCUCUAUCCUCCUCAUCCUCUCCGUGGCAUUAACCGUCGCCGCUCAUCAUCAUUCAUCUGACAAAACCCAACUUGUCAAGGCAUGCUCUGAAGCCCUCGGCCCACGCCCAAGUGCCCGCUCCUUUGUCACAUUCUGCGCUCGCGACUUCCUUGGUCACAAAGCCAGCCUACUCGCCCGCUGCGACAAGCAGGAAGCCGCGGCAAUCGUUGUAAAUGAAGCCCGCAAGAAAGCCAAAGUCGUUGAGGAUUUCAAGAGCAAAAUAGAUUCUGAUAAAUCUCUGGACAAGAAAGAGCUCAAAGAUUUGAAGAGCUGUUGGGAAUCAACCAACGACAUGGUUAAAACACUUGGUAAAGUUUAUUUCGACAUUGCUUCCAAAAAGCUCUCGGUUGAUGUGGUGGAGGAAAAUAUGCUCAACAAAAUUGCGGGGGCAGAGGAACAAUGCAAGUUCGCGGCCGCGGAGAGAAAAAGCGGUCUUUGGGCAGACUUCUCUGCAAAGGCGGAUGCAUCUUUUAAGUCCCAAGUAGUGGCAAUGGCAUUUAUGGAGAGGUAUCGUUCAAAUAUAAAAGUAAUUAUUAAUAAUUAAUAAUUAAUGGGGGAUUAUUUGAAUUGAAUUUGCAUUGUGGCAGAUCGAAGAGUAAUUACUAAUUAUAACGGGAAGUGAUCGAGGGGGAAAUCAUUUUCUAAAUGUAUGUUGAUUAUAUUAUCACCAUGCAUGUUUAGUACUAUAAUUACUCUUUAAUUAUGUAUUGUACGUGGAGAUAUAUAAAUGGAUUACAUUUUUACUCA